ACAAGCGCUCUGUGACUUCCUCUGUGAACCCGACUGGACACUGAGAGAAAUGUCUGUGUGGAGUGUAGCUGCUAUACUAAACUAGCUAGGGACUUAUAUUGCUCAAUGCAAAUAUACCUGGCAAGUCGGAAGAAAUGACCUGCUAAAAAGCACAUCGGUUCGAGUCUGUAGCGAUCGGGCAAUGGGCGCCAGCGCUCCUUAUUAGCUGCUGGCUACUGGGCUAGCAUGGUUUUAUCAAAUGUUAAACACAUCAUUCAGCCGUUUGACAUCAGCUGAGCUGCUCUUUGCCGCUGUCAUUUCGUAUCGCAGAUCGGCAGUAAACGUGAACAAUGGAGGAAGUUGAUAAGAUUUUGAUCCACGCACUCCGACAAAGCGGCACAGAGGUGGCUGAAGACAUUCAGAGUGUGAAACAGUUCACCAGCGAGCUGAUCGUGGAGGCGGUGGUGCGAUGUGUCCGGGUCAUCAACCCCGCCCUGGGAGGGGGGCUGUCGCCGUCGCUGCCCCCCGGCAUGUCUGCCCGCUUCCGGGUAGGGAUGGGCUUGGCACAGGCCUGUCAGGACCUGGGCUACAAGGGCGAGAUCGGCUACCAGACCUUCCUGUACAGCAACGAGCCGGAGAUCCGCGCCUUGCUCAUGUUCCUGGUGGAGAAGCUGCCCAGAGAGAGCGCCGAGGCGUCGGAUCAACCCGCAGGUAAAUCAGUGGUGCUCCAGAGAGCUAUUGCCGCUAAAAUCAAAGCCCAACUCGCCCUCCCUUGGCUGCCCCACAACUGCAGGCUGCCUCUCCUUUGUAAAACACAGAGUGCUGGACCGUCCCGGAGUCUCCGAACUCAGCCGCUGAGUUUACCGUACAGCAACAAAUCUACAGGGAGGGCGUCAUCCAAAGCAUCGAGGGAGUACCAGAGGGACGUGCUCCUGCCCGUCACAGCUCAGCCCCCCCACCAGGGGGCGCUGGUGGCGUCCCUGCUGGAGCAGCACACGGCCGAGCUCAGCGCUGCCCAGGAGUGGGACAGCGAGUGGAACAGCCAGGGGCUGCUGUCACGCCUCACGCCGGAGGAGUACCGCUCCAGAAAGGCGGCCCGCCUGCAGAAGCGGAUCCAGGAGCAGCUGAGCUCGGCGCCCGGCACUCCGUCCCCGGGCUCCGGCGGGGCGGGCUCCGGGGGGGCGGGCUCCGACCUGGCCCAGCUGCUGCUCUCCUUCCAGGGUGCGGGCCCCGGGGACCUGCUGCCUAAGGGGACCCACUUCACCCACACCCAGAAGUUCACCUUCACACAGGACCCGGGGCUGCUGGUGGAGCAGAUGGCGGCGGUGGCCAGCUCCAUGCCCCUGGGGGGCCAGUCGGAGGGAGAGCUGCGGGCCCACCAGCAGGCGGAGCUGGGGGAGCUGGAGGAGCGGCUCCAGCAGGUGGCGCUGGGCAGCGAGCGGCUCAGCGACCGCAUGAAGCAGAUGAACCUCGGCGUGGCGCAGGUGACCCAUGAGCUGAAGGAGCGGGAGCGGGCCAACCAGGAGAAGGAGGACAGCCUGCAGGUGAAGAGGCAGACGGUGGAGCUGCUGCCCGACGCCCACAACAACCUGGCAAAGCUCCAGACGCUGGUGGAGGCGAGUGCUAAGCGUCUGGUGGGCCUGGCCGCCCAGUGGGAGAACCACCGCGACCCACUCAUCCAGGAGCACCGCCGACUCAAGGAGCUCUGCACCAAUCAGGAUGUGGAGUCCUCGAGGCAGCUCUCUGAGAUCAAGGACCUUCACGAGAAGAUCAGGGAGACUGCAGAGAAGGCCAAGAAGAAGGAGUCCGUCUACAAGCAGCUGAUCUCUGAGCUGGAGAACCUUCCUAAGGACGUCUCCCGCUCGGCCUACACGCUGAGGAUCCUGGAGAUCGUUGGCAACAUCAAGAAGCAGAAGGAGGAGAUCACCAAGAUUUUGUCGGACACCAAGGAGUUGCAGAAGGAGAUCAACAAUCUGACGGGAAAACUGGACAGGACGUUUGCUGUCACCGAUGAGCUGGUCUUCAAGGAUGCCAAAAAAGAUGAAUCCGUCCGAAAAUCCUACAAGUACCUGGCUGCACUGCACGAAAACUGCAGCCAGCUGAUACAGACCAUUGAAGACACCGGGACAAUACUGAGGGAGAUCCGGGAUUUAGAAGAGCAGAUUGAGACGGAGAGCGGCAACAAGACGGUGGCCAACCUGGAGAGGAUCCUGGCGGACUACAAGGCCGUCCGAGAGGAGAACUCUGCUCUGGUGUCCAAAGUGAGAGAAGGUUGACGGCUCACUGCUCCCCUUGCCCCCGGCCGGCGCCUACAGGUUAACCCGAAGCUGUGCCCACGGUAGAGAUGGGACAGAGCUACCGCCCUGUUGUGGACUCAGCCAGGACGGGUUAGGGUUAACUCAACCAGGACGGGUUAGGGUUAACUCAGCCAGGACGGGUUAGGGUUAGGGUUAACUCAACCAGGACGGGUUAGGGUUAGGGUUAACUCAACCAGGACGGGUUGGGGUUAGGGUUAACUCAACCAGGACGGGUUGGGGUUAGGGUUAACUCAACCAGGACGGGUUGGGGUUAGGGUCAACUCAACCAGGACAGUAGCUCGACCUCGCAGCACUAAAGGCAUUUUUUCUGGAGAAGCAAGAUACUUUUUUUUUUUUUUUUGGUAUUCUGGAAAAUGAGACUUUAUAUUUUCAAAUAAACAUUCCCACGGUGGCCAGAGACAACGACCACGACUUUUGUGUUUUCACACGGAUGUCAUGUGGACUGCCACAGUACUUCUCCGGGAAGGGUCGGCACGACCGGGUUUUUUAUUUCCAUACCUUCUUGUGAGACGCCGGGCAACACGCAGAUACCCUGUGAGGUUUUUUCUACUUCUAAGAGUUUCUACUUUCACUCGAUUCUGUGGGCUGCGCUCUUCUGUAGUGUCCCUGGUGGUGGAACAUUUCUUCUGAUCUUGAGCUAUUUACAGCAAUCAUUCCCACUAAUCUACAUUAAGCACUAAUGAGAAUCAUGUUGCAGUUUUUGUGUUAUCAUUUUGCACCGGUAAAGUGUAUGACAUUUUGAUUUGAGUCAUUCAUACCUUUAAUAUAUAUUGCUUGACUUAAAUCAUCAAACUGCUUCUCAUAUGGUAUGUCAUAUACUAUUAAAAAGCCUUAAAAAUGUUUGUUGCCAAUAAUUUAAAAAAAUAUGAAAUUCUAGGAAUUCAUAGACUUAAUGUCCAAUGCAUUCUAUGUAUUUUUCUUCUACAUUGAUGCAUUUUAUUUUAUUCACUGCAGUGGUCUUACACAUGGUAAUGUAACCCUUCAUUUAGUUUAGUUUGUUACUGUCAUAGAACUAACAAGAAUGUAUUGCUUUUAUUUGCAGUCUUUUAUUCAGUAAUGGAACCCAUUUGUAGUUUAUUUUAUAUAGUUCAUGCUGCCUUGAAAGCAAAACGCUGCUUAAAGUAUUUUGUCUUUGGAACCAUGCUCUGACUUCUCCUUGUCCUAUAUGCUGGAGAAGAGAUCGUCUGUCCUCAGAUUCAAGGUGGACUAAUGUCCAUCAAAUGAUUUAUAUGAAUAAAACUGAUAGAAAUCAA